AUGUCUCGUGGAGGACGAGGUGGUGGAUUUGGUCGUGGAGGUGGUGGAGGAGGAGCCCAAAGUGGUGCGAUGCAAUUAGUGUCCUUUGACCUUUUAAAAGAUCUUGGAUCAGGUAAUCUUUUUAAUGUGAAUACUGCUUUGUUUCCUGAAAUGGAUGUACCUAUUCCUCGUAAACCAACAUCAAAUGAAGUUCAAGAAUGGAAAUUAAAAAAAGAAUAUUUAGCAAUGGUAAAGGAAUCACCGUUUCAUUUAACACCAGCACCACCACCACCAGAUAUAGAAAGAUAUUCAGAUAAAUAUAAAGUACAAGUAGAGAAACGUAGUCUAAGAGAUAUUGAAACAAAUCUGGACUUCUUUCCCGAAGAACUUCAAACAAUUUUAGAUCCUAGACAACAAAAAGCUCGUACAGCAAUUGACGAAUAUGGUCAAAUACAAGCAUUAUUGGAUGCUGAAGUCAAGGAUGAUGAAGAAGACAAUGAUGAAAAUAAAGAAAAGGAAGAGGAAGAGGGAGAAAAUGAGGAGGAAUAUGAAGAUGAAGAAGAAUUAUUUGAUGAAAAUGAUUAUGUUGAAACUUACUUUGAUAACGGUGAAGGAGAUGAUGAUGAUGAUGGUGAUGGAGAAGACGCUUAUUCUUAA